UCAGUGUUGAGUCAAACCUAAUUGACUUCCAUAGCAUAGCAGAGAUAAGGUCCCUCCGUUCGUUGAUAACUGCUCCAUAGAGAAGAGAUGACAUGGUUGAUGAUGAUGACAACAACACUAAUUGGCUCGCUGCCUAGCUGCAUUGCUUUGAAAUCAUCGACAUCUCUUCACACUUCUUCUCGCCUCUCUUCCUCCGUCACCGUCAGAGCUGAAAUGGCUUCUCCUUCAACUUCAUUCUCUGGAAUCUCAACGCUUCCCAAAGAUCGGAUCAUUCUUGGAGUUGGUGGUCUGACUCUUGACUACUUAGCCACCGUUGCUAACUAUCCGGAGCCGGAUGAUAAGAUCAGAAGCAUUGACAUGAAGGUUCAAGGGGGUGGAAAUGCAGGAAAUGCUCUUACUUGUGCCUCACGUCUAGGCUUAGUUCCAAGGCUGAUUUCCAAGGUUGCUAAUGAUGGUCAAGGGAGAGGGAUGCUGGAAGAACUAGAAGCCGAUGGAGUAGACACUUCUUUCCUUGUAGUUUCCAAGGAGGGAAACUCACCAUUUACCUACAUUAUUGUUGACAACCAGACGAAAACUCGUACAUGUAUUCACACUCCAGGAUUUCCACCUAUGAUUCCAGAAGAUCUUCCUCAGUCAAGCUUGUCUUCUUCAUUGGAUGGGGUAUCUCUACUCUAUCUUGAUGGAAGAUUGCACGAAUCAGCUCUAGUUGUUGCUCAUGAGGCAAAGCAGCGCAACAUACCCAUAUUGAUUGAUGCAGAAAAGAAAAGAGAGGGGCUUGAUGAUCUUCUAAAUCUUUCUGAUUAUGUUGUAUGCUCUGCUAAAUUUCCUCAGGCAUGGACUGAGGCAUCAUCUAUUCCCAGUGCCCUUCUUUCUAUGCUUGUCAGGCUUCCAAGGCUCAAAUUUGUCAUUGUAACCUUAGGUGAAGUUGGUUGCAUAAUGCUGGAGAGAAGUGAAACUGAAAGCAUUGAGUCUGAAGAAAUGUGUGUAGAUGAUUUGUUAGAGUUAUUGAUGCUAAGGAAAGAUAUGACCACAAACACACCUACAUGCAUAUCAUCGGUAGUGACGAAGAUGCAAGCGAAUGGUAUAGGAAUGAUAACUGGGACAUUAUAUGUUUGUACAACUGAAAAGAUACCUUUUUCAGAACUCAUUGAUACAACUGGUGCUGGUGAUGCAUUUAUUGGAGCUGUGCUCUAUGCAAUUUGCGCUAAAAUGCCUCCAACAAAAAUGUUGCCGUUUGCCUCUACUGUAGCAGCUGCUAAUUGUAGAGCCUUAGGAGCAAGAGGUGCACUUCCACAUCGUUCUGAUCCGCGCUUGGCAUGCUUUCUAUGACACAUUGUUUAAGGUAAUGAUUUUGGUUCUAACUGAAGUUGAGUAUUUUCUUCCUAGCUUAAUCACGAACUUUGAGAAAAAUGAUAAAAAAGAAAUUGUAGUU